CCUUGCAUACCGCCUGGCUGUCACAGCAGCAGCAGCAGCGCCAACAGAAGCCAUCCAUCCUCCGCAGCGCUUCACCUUUCCCAGUGUACCUCCUUACAUCCCGGCAGACAUGGAGCUGUUCUCGCCCUCCGCAUUCCGCGCCUUUGCGCUUUAGCCGUGCGCUCCCGUACCAAAGCACUGCUGGGCAGAGCGAGAGGCACCAGUGAUAUUCUCUUGGUCCAGCACGAGAGAUCACCGUAGAGCGGAGGGGAGCCCAGAGAGGAGGACCACACGCUCGGUCGUGACAGCAGAGGCCGUUCUCGGAUAUUUGGCAAACUAAGAGUGGCUUCUUUUUGUUGUUCUCCAUCAUGGCGUGUGACUCUCCAGCUCAGAGCCAGUUUGAAAUCGACCUGUCGGCUUUGAAGGAUCCUUCGGGCAUCUUUGACCUGGUUGAGCUGGUAGGAAAUGGCACCUACGGCCAGGUGUACAAGGGUCGCCAUAUUAGAACAGGACAGUUGGCAGCCAUCAAGGUCAUGGAUGUCGCUACGGACGAGGAGGAAGAGAUCAAGUCUGAAAUCAACAUGCUGAAGAAGUACAGCAAUCACAGGAACAUCGCCACUUACUUUGGAGUAUUCAUCAAGAAACAGCCUCCUGGCAUCGACGACCAGCUUUGGCUUGUCAUGGAGUUCUGUGGAGCUGGCUCGGUGACAGACUUGAUCAAAAACACCAAGGGCAACUCGCUAAAGGAGGACUGGAAUGCUUACAUCUGCAGAGAGAUUCUCAGGGGUCUGGCUCAUCUACAUCAGCACAAGGUCAUCCACAGAGACAUCAAAGGACAGAACGUGCUGCUGACUGAGAAUGCCGAGGUCAAGCUAGUGGAUUUUGGCGUUUCGGCCCAGAUGGACAGAACGGUGGGAAAGAGGAACACAUUUAUUGGGACACCAUACUGGAUGGCGCCAGAGGUUAUUGCCUGUGAUGAAAACCCUGAAGCCACCUACGACUGCAAGAGUGAUUUAUGGUCCCUGGGGAUCACAGCGAUAGAGAUGGCUGAAGGAGCGCCUCCGCUGUGUGAUAUGCACCCAAUGAGAGCCCUUUUCCUCAUUCCACGCAACCCAGCCCCCAGACUCAAAUCAAAGAAAUGGUCAAGGAAGUUCCAGUCAUUCAUUGAAAACACUCUGGUGAAGAGCCACAGCCACAGGCCCAGCACAGAACAUCUCCUCUUGCAUCCCUUCAUCACAGAGCUUCCCAACGAGAGACACCUCCGCAUCCAGCUGAAGGACCACAUCGACCGCACGAAGAAGAAGCGAGGAGAGAGGGACGAGACAGAGUACGAGUACAGCGGCAGCGAAGAGGAAGACGAGGAGAGGGAUAAAGGCGAACCAAGCUCCAUCAUCAACGUCCCGGGGGAGUCGACCUUAAGGCGAGAUUUCUUGCGCCUCCAGCAGGCCAACAAGGAGCGCUCGGAGGCGCAGCGGCGGCAGCAGCUGGAGCAGAAGCAGAACGACGAGCACAAGCGCUUGCUGCUGGCUGAGCGGCAGAAGCGCAUCGAGGAGCAGAAGGAGCAGAGGAGGCGGCUGGAGGAGCAGCAGCAGAGAGAGCGUGAGCUGAGGAAGAGGUUUGAGGAACAGGAGAAGAUCCGAAGGGAGGAGGAGAGGAGGCAAGCGGCCAGAGAACAGGAGUAUAUCCGUAGACAGCUGGAGGAGGAACAGAGACAGUUAGAGAUUCUCCAGCAGCAGCUCCUACAAGAACAGGCAUUAUUGCUGGAGUACAAGCGUAAACAGAUCAUAGAGCAGCGACAGGCGGAACUCCUGCAGAUGAAGCUCCAGCAGGAGAGAGCCUACCUGGUGUCUCUACAACAGCAGCAGCAGCAGCAGCAGCAGGAGGGGAGGCAAGCGGAAAAGAAACCGCUUUACCACUUCAAGGAUGCCAGUCAUCCUAAUGACAAGCCAGCCUGGGCUAAGGAGGUCCAGAAGCAGCCAAUUGCUCCUGGUAAACCAUCUGCACAAGCACUUAAAAAUCUCCCCUCUAGAGAAAACAAAGCCCCUCAAAAAGCACAAAGAAGUAAAUCCUUUGGCGAACCCAGGGUCUCUGAAAAACCAAUUAGAAGAGCCCAUAAGAAGAUCCCAGAAAUAUGUGUUUCACCAGAAGACUGGACACCCCAAGAUAAACGGGUCACAAAUCAGAACCAGAUUACGAACCCAAUUAAGAACAAUGCUGGCAAAGGGGCCUUUGAGAAUCCGAGAGUUAAACUCAAGCAGGCACCCAAAGAUUGGGCUAGUUUUGCAGAGUCAAAGGCACCUCAAUCUCACCCCCAGGCUUCCGGACAGAUCCAAACUCCACAGCACCUCAAAAUAUGUGUGUCAGUAGCAAACAAUCCUGACAAAGGGCCUUUAGAAAAUCAGAUGGGGGGAGCUGGGCAACUGCCCAAAGAGACACUUGGAUCUGAAGACUCAAAUAUUACAGCUCUUCAGCCUCAUCCCCAGGCUUUGGGACAGACUCAGACUCCACAGUCUGGAUCCUCUUCUAACACUUGCCUAUCGGUGGAGGAGCGAUCUAAGAUGAACAGGCAGAGCUCGCCAGCGCUGCAGCACAAAGUGUCCCACCGCAUCUCCGACCCUUCCCUCCCUCCCCGCUCCGAGUCGUUCAGCAGCGGAGGCAUGCAGCCCACCCGCACCCCUCCCAUCCACCGCUCCAUUCAACCACAGAUGGCCCAUCUCAUUCCCUCGAAGGCCCACUCCGGCUCCAUGUCCGGCUCGCCAUCUCUCCAAGACCAGACGGGCUCGGCACAGAGUGAGGGGGCUGGCGUGGCGUCGCCGAAGCCCGAGAUGCCCCUUCAGAACUCAGACCCCAGCUCUGAUACCCCAGAGCCCCAGCAGCACAUCAGCAGCAGGGAGGAACGAGAUCGAGACAGGACUGCUUGGUUGAGGGAAGAGGAUAUCCCCCCCAGGGUUCCCCAGAGGACAACCUCCAUCUCUCCAGCCCUUGUUAGAAAGAAUUCCCCAAAUGGUGGUGUGGGUCUGGGCCCUCGCUCUGGUUCCCAGCUCAUACGGGCCAGUAAUCCGGAUCUGCGCCGUUCUGAGCUUUCCCUCGAUGCCAUGCUGCAAAGGACGUCCUCUAACUCGUCAUCAUCGUCUUCUCCUUCAUCUCAGGGAGGCUCUUCCGAGAGGAGAGGCCAGACCAAGAAGGUCGGAACUCCUCCUGGAGCCAACGAAGAGGUCAAACCCAAACAGGAGGAAGGCCGGGAAUCAGCCAGACCCAGCAGACCUGCAGACUUAAGCGCAUUGGCUAAGGAACUUAGAGAACUGAGGGUAGAGGAAGGAAGUCGGCCUCCAGUCAAGGUCACAGACUACUCAUCCUCCAGCGCAGAAUCGGAAAGCAGCGAUGAGGACGGGGAGGUGCUGGGGCACGACGGGACCGUUGCCGUUAGCGACAUCCCCCGCAUCAUGCCGGGAGUCCAGAGCAGCUCUGAGUCGUACGGUGGGCUGGCAGAGGACGCUCUGGGAGACUCCUAUAAUAGCUCCAGGGACAGUACUCUGAUGAUGAGAGAGGCCAAGGAAAGGAGGAGAGGUGGCCACUCCGAAAGCAAUGGUUUUAGCAAUCACAGUAACCAUGGCAACCUCCCUGACCUAGUCCAGCAGAGCAACUCUCCCAACUCCACACCCACCACAGCUCUGCAGGAACUUAGCAACAUGGCCGAGUUUGGUUUGAGUGGGUCCAAAGCAUCGUUUACUCCCUUCGUUGACCCGCGUGUCUAUCAAACCUCCCCGAGUGAAAACGAUGAGAGCUCAGCAGCAGCCAUGUUUGCCAACGAGCUGCUGAGGCAGGAGCAGGCGCGACUAAACGAAGCCAGAAAGAUCUCUGUUGUUAAUGUGAACCCCACAAACAUCAGACCUCACAGCGACACGCCAGAGAUCCGAAAAUACAAGAAGCGGUUCAACUCAGAAAUCCUGUGUGCUGCGCUCUGGGGUGUGAACCUCUUGGUCGGGACGGAAAAUGGUUUAAUGCUGCUUGACCGAAGUGGGCAGGGCAAAGUCUACAACCUGAUUACAAGACGGCGGUUUUUACAGAUGGAUGUGCUGGAGGGUCUGAAUGUGUUAGUCACCAUAUCUGGGAAAAAGAACAAGCUGCGUGUUUACUAUUUGUCCUGGCUGAGGAACAGAAUAUUACACAAUGACCCAGAAGUCGAGAAGAAACAGGGUUGGAUCACUGUUGGGGAGCUGGAGGGCUGUGUGCAUUAUAAAGUUGUAAAGUAUGAGAGAAUCAAGUUCCUGGUGAUUGCACUUAAGAACUCAGUGGAAAUCUACGCCUGGGCACCAAAACCUUACCACAAAUUCAUGGCCUUUAAGUCGUUCACUGAGUUGCAGCACCGUCCUCAGCUGGUUGACCUCACAGUGGAGGAAGGCCAGAGGUUAAAAGUUAUCUAUGGCUCUUGUGUGGGCUUCCAUGUCAUUGAUGUGGACUCAGGCAAUCCCUACGACAUCUACAUCCCCUCACAUUGUUCCAAACACAUGAAGAUCCAGAGUCAGGUGACGCCCCAUGCUAUCGUUGUUCUCCCUAAGACUGAUGGAAUGGAGAUGCUGUUGUGCUAUGAGGACGAGGGGGUCUACGUCAACACGUAUGGACGCAUCACCAAGGACGUGGUGCUACAGUGGGGGGAGAUGCCUACCUCUGUUGCCUAUAUCCAUUCUAAUCAGAUUAUGGGCUGGGGGGAGAAAGCCAUAGAGAUCCGCUCCGUUGAGACGGGUCAUCUGGACGGCGUGUUCAUGCACAAGAGAGCCCAGAGACUUAAAUUCCUGUGUGAGCGGAAUGAUAAGGUAUUCUUUGCGUCGGUGCGUUCGGGAGGUAGUAGCCAGGUGUUCUUCAUGACCCUCAACAGAAACUCGAUGAUGAACUGGUGACCUUCCUCCCUGUCCACUCUGCCUCGCUCUCCCAUUGGCCAGUACAACAACCCUAUAGUUUCUCCUGCGGGCUAAUGCACCACAAAUGAAACGAACCCAACUGACCUGGAUCGUUGCAAAUGGACUUUUCUUCUUUUUUUUUGCGCUCUAAAGACAAAUGCUGAGUUUGAAAAAAAAUUGUUCCAGAAGAGACUAAAUAUCCUAGAUUGAUCUGGGUCAUGGAGAAGCCAUUGUUACGUAACUGACUGGCACUGACUUUCCACAUUUCCUCUUUCUUCGUCUUUUCCUUCCCUGUUGUCUCUCUUCUUUUUUGACCAGUGGAUUUAAGAGUUUACCUUUUUACACCUGCCUCCUUCUACCAAUCCUGUUUCCCAUCAUCCGACUGCCUUGACUUCUGUUUUCCUCUCAUCCAUCUUGAGUGAGCUCAUCCACAAACAGCUCUGAAGGCCUUUGAUCAAAUCUGAAGAUGUCACUAUUGGAAAGGCAGCGCCAAGACAAAACUGAUGACAGGACUACAAAUUUAUUCUGAAUGUCGGUAAUCAAAGCUGACAGCCUGUUUGAUUUUCACUCACAUCCUCUCUCACUUCCUCUGAGCUCCAUCUUUCUGUGCUCUGACCAAACUACCUUCUUAUUUCACGAUCGAUCACAUUUCUCUUGACAGAGGCAUUGGUAUACUCCGCUGUGAAAUGGAUCGUAACAAUAUGCAAUACGUUCUCUUUUUCUGUUUCUUCUUCUUCUUCUCCACUACCCUCCUCGUCCCUCUCUGUACUUUUUAAACUCUGAAGGUGCUGCAUCAGAUUUACUGUAAUCUUAAAUGAACAAAAAGGGGUCCCAGGCGGGAAACAUUCUGUUAGCUUCUGUUUUCAUUCUGUGGAAGAUUUCGGAGUUUAGUGAUUCCUUAAUGUUAGUGGAAACAUACAGCACAUCUGAGUCUCUGAAAUUGAUUGUGGGUGUGCGCGUGGGCGUGCUCAUGUGUGUGUGUGUCUUUGACUUGUUACAAAAGUUUAAAUCAAGCCAGAAUCGAGGCUAGACGUUGAUAUCAAUGUCAGGCUGCAGUAUUUCAAUCUUUCACUCGACACGAUCAAAGAAAAAACAAAAAAACAUCGAGUUUGUUUACAUGCACAGAUAUUACAUUAUUUCAUAGUGUAAAGUUUAUGAGUUUCUGCAUCUGAGCAGUGAGCAUUUAAAGAAUGCAAUAUGCAGGAUGAUUUUGUUUCUUUUCAUUUUCUUAAUAAGGUGGUUGUUGUUGUUUGGUUUUGCAAAUCCUGAACUCAGCCUCAACAGGAUCUGAACUGCUGUCCCCAACUACUGUGUGCAUGUGUACAGCAUUCACUACUGAACACUGUGGGAUCCUUUUAAAUCAUGCUCCGCCUCCGGUUGGCUCAUCUGAUUUUUGGCUCCUAGAUGUUUGUACAGUGCCGAGCAUGAUGUAAGCGAAACUUAAAAAUGGAAGCCAAAAGGGUAGUAAGGAUUACUGAUCACUUUUUAACUACUGUCUUGUUUUUAUUGUUAUUGCUGUUGUUUGUUUGUGUUUUUACCUCCAGUAGUGAUUUUUACUUUUUUUGGGGGACUGUUUUUAUUUUAAUGUAACACAUUGCUGAUUACCUAUUUUGUCUUCGCAGACAGAGAUAUGCAUUAAUAAAUUUAAGUCUAA